AUGACCGUUUUCAAUUUUAUUAGGGUUAAGUUUUGUCCGCAACUAUCGACAAAAGAAAUAUUUUAUUCAAAAAAAUUUUUUAGCUUUGACAAUAAUAAUGUUAUACAAUUACCUCCAACAUAUGUUAGACAGGCUCCAAUCUUUGGAUUUGUUGCUCACAAAAUUCCAGUUAAUGGAAAUGUAGAAAAUUCUUGUCAUAUGUUUGCUGAAUUAGACCCAGGCAUUUUAAUAUUAGAUUAA